AUGACAGGAAGUCCCUUUUAUGGCCACACUUGUUCAGUGUGCAAAGCAAAUCUCAGGUCAAACCAAGAGCAACUUGAAGGAGAUAGGAGAGUGGGGGGGUUUGCAGAUGCUCACAGUGCAGACCUGAGAACAACAAAGGCUUGCGGGGCGCCGCUGGGUAACCUGAAGGCACCCCACCUUCCUGUCCCGGGCCAGCGCGGGCGCUUAGGCCUGGGCGUGCUGACAGCCGCCUCGCACCAAGCGGCGAAGCCGGCGGUGUUCAGUUUCCAAACCCCGGUAAAUCACAACACCGGAGCACGGGUUGCCCAGGACGAAUGCGAUGACUUCUUAGGGUCUCUGGCGGCAGCUGCGGCCUUGGAGGAGGAGGAGGAGGAAGAGGAAGAAGACGAGAAGGCGCUGCGGCAGGCGCAGACUAAUUUUAACACCAUUUCCAGGAUGGAUGAACAAACACAUAUAAGCUAUGAGGACCCUGUGGACUUUUCUGAUACUUACCAUUCUAAUGAAGAAUAUUUCAGGAAGCUAGAAGAGCUGAAGGCUGCCUACAUGGAAACUAUGGCAAAGUUGGAGAAAAUGUAUCAGAAUAAAUUAAAGUUAAAGGACGUUCAGCCAGUGAUAAUUAGGGAAGGAGCUUCUCGUGUCUCUUCCACGUCUGUAUCGGAAAAGAACUCCUACCACCCUAUCUCAUUAAUCACAUCGCUUUCAGAACCUGAUUUAGGUCAUUCUUCCUCCUUGACUGUGUCUUCCUCUGAAGAUGAAUUGCCCAACUUAGUAAAAGAGUAUCCUGAGAAAAACAGAAUGAUGACCUAUGCUAAGGAACUCAUCAACAACAUGUGGACAAACUUUUCUGUUAAAGAGUACAUUCAGUGUAAAGAUGAUGACUUCCCAGCAGUUACAAAAACAAAGAAGAAACCAAAAGAGUGGGUGCCAAAAAUUACAGUACCUGAGCCUUUUCAAAUGAUGAUUAGAGAACAAAAAAAAAAAGAAGAGAACAUGAAAUCUAAAUCAGAUAUUGAAAUGGUACGCAAACUACUCAGAAAACAAGAAGAAGAUUCAGAGUGUAAGAAAAAAUUCCGAGCCAACCCAGUUCCAGCAUUUGUCUUUCUACCCCUUUAUCAUGAUAUAGUCAAGAAAAAUGAAGAACGGAGGAGGACUAUGAAGGAGAAAAACAAAGAAUUUCUUUUGGCUUCACAAAAGCCAUUUAAGUUUAUUGCAAGGGAGGAACAGAAGCAAGCAGUCCGGGAAAAGCAGCUGAGAGACUUUUUUAAGUCUAAAAAAAACACAAAUCGAUUUAAAGCCAGACCUAUACCUCGAUCUACUUAUGGUUCAGCUACCAAUGACAGGUUAAAAGAAGAAGAGUGCUACAGAAACAUUAAGACACAGCUGAGAGCCCCAGAACUUUUACCAAAUUCAUCCCCUCUGCCUUGUAGACCAGCUCACAGAAGUUUUGCUGCAAGGAAGCCCAAGUAUCCUGAACAGGCUGAGAAGUUGAAGUGUAAAUACAAGUGUAGGAUCCAGACUGCUGAUUUUGGAGAACUUCCUGAGAGAAAUCAAAAACACCUUUUAGAACAGAAAUGUCCAAAACUCCUAACAGCCUGUAAACCAUCUGAUCUUCAUGCAGCCUCACAGGCAUCCACUAAAAGAGAGAAAAUUUUGGCAGAUCUUGAAGCAGAUGAUGAAAAUUUUAAAGAAAUGCGUUGGCCUUGUGUAUCUCUAAAGCACAAGUCACCAGUAAGAAGUCCAAAUGCAAAGCCUAUGCCUUGUAACUGCAACCCUCCAAUGCCCACAAUAGCUUCCAGAGGAAGAGAACAAGCCACAAGGAGAUCACUUGAGGAAAAGAAAAUGUUGGAAGAAGAGCGAAAUCGGAUCCUAACAAAGCAGAAGCAAAGAAUGAAAGAAUUGCAGAAACUCCUGACAACCCGGGCUAAGGCUUAUGACUCACAUCAAAGUUUAGCUCAAAUGUCUAAAUCCAGAAUAAAAUCUUUCAGAAAGAGUGAAAAGGAAAGAAUGAGAGAAUACCGACGAGACCUAGAAGAAAGAGAAGAAAAAUUAAAAACCAGGCCAUUACUAUUUGAAAGAGUUGCUCAGAAAAAUGCAAGAAUGGCAGCAGAAAAGCAUUAUUCUAACACCCUAAAAGCACUAGGAAUAUCUGAUGAGUUUGUUUCAAAGAAAGGCCAAAGUGGAAAAAUAUUUGAGUCCUCCAAUCAAGAGAUGAAAAGUUUCACUGAAGAUAGAGAAAGCUUUAAUGAAGAAGAAAAUAUAGAAGAAAGAGAGAAUGGGGAAGAAAAUUAUUUUACAGAAACCGACAGCCAGGAUUCUUGUAUGGAAAAAGAUGAAGCCAAUGAAGAGAAUAGAGAAGAGAAAUCUGUCGAAGAAUAAAACAAUCAGCAGGGCUUCCUCUCUGUGCCUGUGCUGUGGUUUGCAUCUGGUGGUAGCAGCCUUGCUUGUGUUAGGAACAUGGAUGGGAACCCCUCUGAUGUGUACAGGGUUCUUGAGCAAAAUCCAAAUCCAGCUGAUUGAUCAUUGGGUCAGAUUAAGGCUUGGCCUAUUCAGUUUUUAAAAUUGCUACAUGUGGUCAGUUUGCAACUUUGAUGUUAGUUGUAUUUUUUAAAAGCAUUCGAGAAUCACAGCUGUCACAAACAAGUCAUAAAAAUAUACAUUACAUCAUUAUUUUUUGCUAGAAAAAAUGGCUUAAUAUUGGGAGCAGAGAGGAAGUAUGGGUCUUUGGUGAUUUGUUUGAAAAAUUUU